AAUUCUCAUAACUCACAGAGAUCAAGUCACCCACCCAUAACCUUGCAGCCAUGGCGUCCAACGGGAUUCUUCUGGGCAUGGGAAACCCACUUCUAGAUAUCUCCGCCGUCGUCGAAACUGAAUUCAUGGACAAAUAUGACAUCAAGCUUAACAAUGCUAUUCUUGCAGAGGAAAAACAUUUGCCAAUGUACGAUGAAAUCGCAUCCAAGUACAACGUUGAAUAUAUAGGAGGAGGUGCUACUCAAAAUGCAAUUAAAGUUGCUCAGUGGAUGCUUCAAAUUCCUGAUGCAACUAGCUUCAUGGGUUGUAUUGGAAAAGACAAGUUUGGGGAGGAGAUGAAGAAAGAUGUGAAACUUUCUGGUGUUAAUGCACAUUACUAUGAGGUUGACACCACUCCAACGGGUACUUGUGCUGUAUGUGUUGUGGGCGGUGAAAGGUCACUCGUUGCGAAUCUGUCAGCUGCCAACUGCUACAAAACAGAGCAUUUGAAGAGGCCGGAGAAUUGGGAACUUGUUGAGAAGGCUAAAUACAUUUAUAUUGCUGGGUUUUUCCUCACUGUUUCUCCCGAGUCUAUUCAACUUGUCGCAGAGCAUGCAGCCGCAACCAACAAGGUAUUCAUGAUGAACCUCUCGGCUCCAUUCAUUUGUGAAUUCUUCAAGGAUGCACAAGAGAAAGCCCUUCCGUACAUGGACUAUGUUUUUGGAAAUGAAACAGAGGCAAGGGCCUUCUCGAAAGUUCAUGGCUGGGAGACAGAGAAUGUUGAGGAGAUAGCUUUGAAAAUAUCUCAGCUGCCCAAGGCAUCUGGGACACACAAGAGAAUAACUGUUAUUACUCAAGGUGCAGAUUCUGUAGUUGUUGCAGAGGAUGGAAAAGUGAAGUUGUUUCCUGUCACAUUAUUGCCCAAGGAAAAGCUUGUUGACACAAAUGGAGCCGGUGAUGCCUUUGUUGGGGGAUUCCUGUCUCAAAUGGUUCAAGAGAAGCCCAUAGAAGAAUGUGUGCGGGCAGCUUGCUAUGCUGCAAACGUUAUAAUCCAACGUUCUGGAUGCACUUAUCCAGAGAAACCCGACUAUUCUUGAAUCUUCAAUCCAUCUUCGUCCAAAAUAAUAUUCACGUCACCUUUUUGUCUUAACAAUAAGUCUGAUUAAAUUUUGGGAGAUGAACAAAUCGAUUUACAACACUUGUUCCCCUUCAAAAUAUAGGUUUUCUUUUUUCCCGAAUGAUUGGUGUAUAGGUAAACAAAUUUGUUUUCCCUAUUGGAUGUCCACCUUGAAAGUGGUAAUAUGUUUCUUUCAACCAAUUUAUACAAUCUUGUGAAACAUCCAAACAAAGUGAUU